AGUGAAAAUAUGGCAUUAUCUAAAAGCUCAGACGAGCAUGUACAUUCUUUGAUGAAAACAGAACCUGCUCAAAUAGAUAAUAUACUUCUUUUUGUGAAAGAUGUUGCAUCUCAAAAUUCUUCUAAUGAAAGUGAUCUUGAAGAGCAAGUAGAUGUGUCAUUUGAAACUUAG